CAGACGGUCCUGUCCGUCUAACGCAUCGAAAAUCAGAACCGAGAAUCGGGAAUCGAGUAUUGAGUAUCGCGUAUCGAGUAUCUUAACUCCGAGAACUUCGUCUCUUCGCGAUCGUAGUCGUGGUGGUCAGGUGAAUGCCAUCGGGGCAACGUGCCUGGCAUUCGAAGAGAUAUAUAUUCUGAGUCGCGGAUUUGUGGUCGCGGUUCCCUAUACUAUAUAGCAGCCAAUUUAUAUAUGGUCUGCCCCGUUCAAAACGAAAACAAAUUGGGAAGAUAUCGCCGCGCAGCGAAAGCAACAAAUAUCAAAAUGUUUGCAUUUUUGCAAGUUUUAUUACUUUGUGUGCAUUUGCUGCAUUUUAAAAUUGUAUCGGGAGUAGAUCUUCCCUCGCUUUCGGGAGGAGCGACGUUCCCUGAGUGGCGAAUUGGUGAAAUAAAUGUGGAGCCCGAGGCAGGAUUGUUCAAAGCCAAUGCUACAAAUGGGGAAAAAUUCCAAGGAGCGGUGGAGGAAUCUCCUUCACCAAAUCAGAACCGCCAGCGACGACAGUUUUUCUUCGACCCAAGUAUUUUCCUGUGGCAGGGAGCCCUUUCAGGAUCUGGUAUUCCUGGUGGCUGGGGUCCAACUGAAGGAUCCAAGUGCCUGACAUCCCGCGGCCAACCUGGUGUUUGUGUCCGCAUCGAAGGAUGUCGACAGUACUUCAGGGUGGCCCGUCAGAUAUCCAUCUUCACCCUGCGGCAAUGGCCACAGAACAAUGGACUUGGCCUGAAUGGCAACAUGUGCAACUUCUUCGAUCCGCUGGGCAGAGUAAACAAUGGAAUCUGUUGCACAGACAUCGAUGCCAAUACCUUUGGAGUGUUUCCAUUGCCGGGAACAACAACAACGACCACGACUACUGAGAAACCUUCGAUUUCAGCUGAUGAAGAGGAUAGAGUGGAUGUGAAUCCCGAAGGAGAUGUGGAGAAUCCGGAGGGAGAUAAUGAGCAGCCAGUGGAUGCUCCUCAUCCAGAGUAUCCCAUUGAUAACGCAAAUAGUGUAGAGGACAUGCCAGAUUUCCAGGAUCACAACACCAUUGAGGGAAAUAAUCCAGACGGGAGAAAAAACCUGAAGGAGAUCCAACCCGUGGAUCAACCAGUGGUGCAGCCAGUGGAGCAACCUGUUCCAACCCAACCAGCUUCUACUAUUUAUCCCUACCAGUGGCCAUUCGGUUCCUUUGCGGGGGUGGCUCAAUGGCCACCGGCUUUGCCCACUCAUCCACCCACCACUGGUGGUUGGCCACCACCACUGCCCACUCACCCACCGAACCAUCACUAUCCCACUCACCCCACUCACCCCACAACCGUUGGAGUUCCGAGUACAAAGAGGACCACUCCGAGACCAAUUACUCAAAGACCCACCAUUACCAGCAGACCCACCACCACCAGGCGACCCACUUAUCCCAGUUAUCCUGCCACCACCACAACGACAACCAGAAGGCCAUCGAGUGGCAGCAGUCCCGAAGGACUCCCCCUGCAGUGUGGCAACAAGAAUCCCGUUACCCCGGAUCAGGAGCGGAUUGUGGGUGGCAUCAACGCCAGUCCGCACGAGUUUCCCUGGAUCGCGGUGCUCUUCAAGUCGGGAAAGCAGUUCUGCGGCGGCAGCCUCAUCACCAACAGCCACAUCCUCACCGCCGCUCAUUGUGUGGCACGCAUGACCUCGUGGGACGUGGCGGCCUUGACUGCCCAUCUGGGUGACUACAACAUCGGCACGGACUUUGAGGUGCAACACGUGUCGCGCAGGAUCAAGCGACUGGUGCGCCACAAAGGAUUCGAAUUCAGUACCUUGCACAAUGAUGUUGCCAUACUCACUUUGAGUGAACCGGUGCCCUUCACCCGGGAAAUCCAACCCAUUUGCCUUCCCACUUCGCCUUCCCAGCAAUCGCGAUCUUAUAGUGGCCAAGUGGCCACGGUGGCCGGAUGGGGAAGCCUUCGGGAGAAUGGACCUCAACCUUCCAUUCUUCAAAAGGUGGACAUUCCCAUCUGGGCAAAUGCCGAGUGUGCCAGGAAAUACGGAAGAGCAGCACCCGGUGGCAUUAUUGAGUCGAUGAUCUGCGCUGGUCAGGCGUCCAAGGAUUCGUGUAGUGGCGACUCUGGCGGACCCAUGAUCAUCAACGAUGGCGGACGCUACACUCAGGUGGGAAUCGUAUCCUGGGGCAUUGGCUGCGGCAAGGGUCAAUAUCCUGGUGUUUACACCCGUGUCACUUCGCUGCUGCCCUGGAUUUACAAGAACAUCAAAUAAGCAUAGGAUUCCGAUUAGUCUAAGACGUGAUAUGCAGCAAUAUAAG